AGAGAUUUAUGAUGUUGGUAAAAGUGAGGUAGUCAUUGUUUCAGAAUUUUGUAUUGCCUAUUUACUGAAGUUUCCUGUGUGAUUAUCUAAUUUGUUCUGGUUAUUUCUGAAAUUUAAUAGAUAAUUUGUAAAGUUAAUAAAAACGUUUAUUACCAAAAAAUACACGUGAAUUGUAAAAGGAUUAAACUCUAAAAAUAUCAGAAAAUUACCCUAAGAUUGAUGCUCAUGUCUGUCGACAAUCAUUAGGGAUUUCGAAAUAGAUUUAGCCGUACCAGUCAAUAAGGAUUUUAAUAGUUGAGAACAUGAUUCAGUUGAAGCUAGACCACCAUGGAAAACCUGGAAGCAGUGGAUGGCCGUUUCUUCCCCUUGUGGGACUCCUCAGCAGUGAGCAUUCACAAUCUCGCUCCCCGCGAGAUUCGAACCCAGAUGAUGAGAAUAUUAAUAUUGUGGCACAUUUUCUCACAUUCCUCGGAAAACAAGCAUAUAGCUUAUUAAAAGUUUUGGCUUCACUGGAAAAGCCCAUUUCUCUUCUUUAUACAACUCUCAAGGAACUACUUUUAGACUAUGCUAAGUAUACAAAUUUCGAAUGCAGUGAAGGGCGAUUUCGUAAAAUGAUUCAUGAUGAUAUGAAAAAUUCCACUACAUUACGUCACCCCAUCCCAGUGCAUACUCAAGGUUAUGCAGAUAAUUCAUUGAGGAGUUGCAAUGCAGUUCACGAAGAUGGGCACAAGUUUGGUCAAUGUUUGUCCUGUGGCAGGUUCCACUCUUUUAAUUCAUGUAAAUUUUAUAAUUCUAAGUGCUUUAAAUGUGGUGGUAUUGGACAUAUUCACUCAAUUUGUAAUUCUGAUCCUAACAAUUUAGAGUCAUAUAGCAGUUCAGAGUUAAAUAAAACUCAGAAUCGUUCCGAGACAACAAUUUCUAAUCAAUCAACCUAUCAGAUUUCCCAUGUUAUUGUACCAGAUAUGAUUUUUCCUAAUGAUUCACAUAUUUCUGAUGAAAUUUCUUACAAAUCUGAGGAAAAUAUUUCGGAUGAACCUAAUCAUGAUCGAAAAACUGAUGUAGUUUUAAUUGAUGCUGAUUUUUCUAAUGAUCCUUUACUCUGCAAUGACAUUCCUAAUAAAUUUGAGGAAACUAUUUCAGAAGAAUCAAAUCUUGAUGUCAUAUCAAAUAUUCUUUGUCCUCAUGAUGCAUUUGUUUCUUGUGAGAAACUUGUUCGAUGCGAAGCACGAGUAUUAAAUGAGUUAGAGUUUGAUUACAAUUCAGAUAAUUCCAUAUCAACUGUUGUUUGUCCUUAUCAUAAAUUCACUUCCAAUGUUUACUCUAGUCAAAUUGAGAAAGAUGUUUUAAAUAAAACCACAUUAUUCAUAACUUGUGGAUAUGAAGAUCCGACAUUAUUUCGUGGUGGAGGAUAGUCUAUGGUUCAUAUCCUAGUUAGUAGUUUCAGUAUUCAACCGGCAUGGUGAUUGUUCACAAUCCCAGAAAUCAAGUGAAUCUGUUCCGAUUUCCGUUGUUAAUUCUAAUACUAAUGAG